CUCUCCCUCUCUCUCUCUCUCUCUCUCUCUCUCUCUCUCUCUCUGUGUGUGUGUGUGUGUUUGAGUCUCUCUCCCCUUCUCUCUCUCUCGCUCGCCUCUUGUCCGGCCCCCUGAUCUUUCUGUCCAUUGGCUUCUUCGGGUCUAUUUUUCAUGUCCAACCCCUAAUGAGUGUCCAUUGGUUUUGUUAUUUUCACUCCCUCCUCCCACUCCACGGCUUUGCCCUGCCCAUGUUCUGUAUGUCUGUGUCCAUCCAUCUCCUGACGUUCAAGUUCGUAGGGACGUCACGUCCGCACUUGAACUUGCAGCUCAGGGGGGCUUUUGCCAUUUUUUCAUCUCUCUCUCGUUUCAAAAAAGCCAUGACGGCUAUCCCACAAUCCAUCUUCCCUGCGCCAUCUUUGUAUUAUUUCUAAUUUAUUUUGGAUGUCAAAGGCAUUGAUGAAGAUAUUUUCUCUGGAGCCUCCCUUCUAACCCGGCUCUCCCGAUGUGAACCGAGCUGAAAGCCACCACCAACCACCAUGUCUCGCCGCAAGCAAGGCAAACCCCAGCACUUAAGCAAACGGGAUUUUUCGCCCGAGCCCCUGUCAGCCGUGGUCUCGGAGGAGAGGCAGGAACAGCGUGGGCUGGUACAGGUAGCUCCAGAGGGAGACCAGGACCUGCUCACCUGUGGCCAGUGUCAGAUGAACUUUCCUUUGGGAGACAUUCUUAUUUUCAUUGAGCACAAAAGGAAGCAGUGCAAUGGCACUUUGUGCAUGGACAAAGCAGUGGAUAAGCCCCCAUCACCCUCGCACAGUGAGCUAAGGAGAGCCUCCAACCCUGUAGAGGUGGGCGUCCAGGUCACACCAGAGGAUGAUGACUGCUUAUCUACGUCUUCACGAGGAAUCUGUCCCAAACAGGAAAACAUUACAGGUAAAUAUGAGCCCAGCAGCUACACUUGCACAACCUGUAAGCAGCCAUUCAGCAGUGCCUGGUUCCUGCUGCAACACGCCCAGAACACUCAUGGCUUCCGCAUCUACCUUGAGAGUGAGCGCGGAAGCCCUCUCACACCCCGCGUGGGCGCUCCUUCGGGAAUGGGCACAGAUUGCUCCUCUCAGCCUCCCCUGCAUGGCAUCCAUCUCUCAGAGGGAAGCCCCUUCAAUCUUCUGCGGAUACCCAACUCCGGACGUGAUGGACCCCCUCUCCGGGAGGGUCGGUUUCCCCCAACGCCACCUCUCUUUAGCCCUCCAUCUCGCCAUCAUUUGGAUCCCCAUCGCAUGGAGCACCUGAGCCAGGAGGAGCUGGUCUUGGCCACCCAUCACCCUAGUGCCUUCGACAGGGUGCUGCGCCUCAAUCCCUUACCCCUGGAUCCCCCAGCUAUGGACUUCUCUCGUAGGCUGAGGGAGCUGGCUGGUAACACCUCAGGGUCAACUCCUCCCCUUUCACCCAACCGGCCCAGCCCUAUGCAACGGCUACUUCAACCAUUCCAGUCGGGAACAAAGCCGCCCUUUCUGUCCACCCCUCCCCUACCUUCCAUGCAGUCCCCCUCUGGCUCCCAGUCCACCCCGACCCCUCUUACCCAGCAGCCCAACACGCCUAUGAAGACCAAGUCUUGUGAGUUCUGUGGGAAGACCUUCAAGUUCCAGAGUAAUCUUAUUGUACAUCGCCGCAGCCACACGGGCGAGAAACCCUACAAGUGCCACCUGUGUGACCAUGCCUGUACCCAGGCCAGCAAGCUUAAGCGCCACAUGAAGACACACAUGAACAAGUCUUCGCCCAUGACAGUCAAAUCAGAUGAUGGUCUGUCUACAGCCAGCUCCCCUGAACCAGGAACCAGCGACCUAGUGGGUAGUGCUAGUAAUGCCCUCAAGUCUGUGGUAGCCAAAUUCAAGACUGAAAAUGACCGUCUGAUUCCGGAGAAUGGAGAAGAAGAGGAGGAAGAGGAGGAGGAAGAGGAGGAAGAGGAGGAAGAGGAAGAGGAGGAAGGAGAGGAGGAGGAGCUAGAGAGAGAAGGAGGUCAAAAUAACUACCACUUCAGCCUCAAUCUUGAGGCUGCACGGCACCACGAGAACAAUGGUGGGCGUCUGGGCACCGGUGAGGAUAGUAUCCCACGCUCACUACCUGAGAUUAUGCAGGGCAUGGGCCUGGCUGCCAGCAUGCAGCACUACAGCGAGGCUUUCCGGCAACACAAGCGAGGAGCCCUAAACUCUGAUAAUGAUGCACACCGAGACAUGUGUGAUGAUGACUCAGCCCUGGAAUCAGACAGAGUGGAUGAGGGCUGUGGCUCAGCUAUCAAUGGUCGUGGCUCGUCCCCAAGCGAGUCAGCCUCCGUAGGUUUGUCCAAGAAGCUACUACUGGGCAGCCCCAGCUCACUUAGUCCUUUAUCCAAACGAAUCAAGCUGGAGAAGGAGUUUGACCUCUCCACUCCUACAAUCCCCAACACUGAGAAUGUCUAUUCCCAGUGGUUGGCUGGCUAUGCUGCCUCUCGGCAGCUCAAGGACCCAUUUCUGAAUUUCGGGGAUUCCAGACAAUCGCCUUUCGCCUCGUCUUCAGAGCACUCCUCAGAGAACGGAAGCCUGCGAUUUUCAACGCCACCAGGGGACCUCGAUGGCGGCAUCUCGGGCCGCAGUGGGACUGGCAGUGGCGGCAGUACACCACAUCUCGGCGGUCCUGGUCGGCCCAGCUCAAAAGAUGGCCGACGCAGUGACACCUGUGAGUUCUGUGGUAAAAUAUUCAAAAACUGCAGCAACCUGACAGUGCAUCGGCGUAGCCACACGGGCGAAAGGCCUUAUAAAUGUGAGCUCUGUAAUUAUGCGUGCGCCCAGAGCAGCAAGCUAACACGGCACAUGAAAACACAUGGGCAAGUAGGCAAGGACGUUUACAAAUGUGAAAUCUGUCAGAUGCCUUUUAGUGUGUAUAGCACCCUUGAGAAACACAUGAAAAAAUGGCACAGUGACCGUGUAUUGAACAACGAAAUAAAAACUGAGUAGCGGUGGCGUGUGGAGGCUUACUUGCCUAUUAACAGCGAAUAAAACCUUACCCCAACCCCACCCUCACCCUUGUAGAUUUCCCUGUUUCGGUAGUCCAGUGGCGGCUAAGACAACGUGCUUGGCACCACCAGCACACCCUUCUCAUGUACCGUUGAAUGCAUGAUCUGUAUCGGGGCAAUACUAUUGCAUUGACGCAAACUUGGAGCCUUUCUCUUGUGCAAUAAUUUACAUGUUGUGUACUUUUUCUUUUUUAUUUCCCAUUUUCGAAAAUUUGACAGCAUGCAUAUGUUUUGACUAAUUUUACAAAUAAAUUGUCCCUAGUUGGUUAGUUGUUUAGUAAAUGUGUUGCUGUUUUAUUGUUCAUUAUUUUAAAUAUGUUUUUUUUUCUUUUGUUCUUUUUUAUUUUAUGAUCUAAGAAAAAGAAAAGACAAGAAGAAAACCAUGAUGCAUACAUUCUGUAAUACAUAUCAUGUACAGUUUUGUGUUGUAACAUGGAGGACUACAGUCUAUUGCUUAACCCUCUUUGGAUGGGCUGGGUAUCGCACUUAAACUAAUCUUUCAAAAAGAUGUUCUGUCCACAUAGGGUUGAAAUAUUCAUUGGCCCCUAUUAUGGAAUAAAACUAAUGACAGUCUUUGAAUUUCUUAAUAAAAGGAAGAAAAACAGUAGGAUUUGAUUUUCUACUAUCAUUUGGUAAAACAAACAAAAAGAGUGCCUUGGAAAUAUUGAAAUUGCAUUGGUUAAUCUUCUCAUCUGCUGUAAUUCUGGAGUCUCAGAUACAACAAAAGGAUUGAAUUGAUUGAAAAGGUUCUUGCAUCAAGUACCUGACUGAUACAGUCAACUGUGACUUUAGUAAGAAACAGUAAUAAUCAAAAAGCUAUGGAAAUUUCUAGUUAAUCAUUAUUGUGUUUUAUGUCCUGUGCAUGGCACAUGCAGUAUAUUGUGUGGGAUUCAGCCUUGUUUACUUAAUUGAAGGUACUUUACUCAGCGGUACUCAUUUUCAAUCCACAAACAUUCUCUGUGUUUGUUAAAGUCUUAUGUUCAGUAGCACAAAAUUUUGAUAAUUCUUUGAUGACCAGUGUUUGUGUGAACGUCCUUUGCGAAGGAAUACUUGAGGGCAUUUAGACCGAACUAAUGCAAUGAACAUUUGAGAAUUGGUUAUUAAGAAAACAUUCAAAUAUUUGCAGCUGUCAGUGAUGAUUAACUAUGAAUUGCCUACAGGUGUGAGUCUAAAUCUUAUUUCUUUAUUAUUGGCUAUGUCUGAGCUCUUAAAAAGAAGAAAGGAACCUGAAAGACCAAGCGAGAGAAAUAUAGAGGGAAAAACCAUACACAUAAUUUUUGUUUCUUUGUUUUAUAUUAAUUUCAUACAAAGCGUCGUAUAUGUUGACAUUCAAGGAGACUCUUUUUCAUUAUUGCAUUAUGACAUCAAUAAAUUUACACAUGUUUGGUGUUUAAACAGCGUCUGCCACUCUGUCCUUCUUUUGUAUUUGACAAGCUAAUUAGAGGUAUAGUGGUUGAGUAUAAAUAAAGAUUGCUUGCCUGUUGGACAACAAAGUGCACUGUUAAAGUUUCCCAGUUUACAGGUAUUCACGAGAGGGAAAACUUCCUAAAUAAAUAAACGUUGUCAUUAUUUGAUGUAAAGAAGCCAACCCCUCCUCUCAUCUCAUGAAGCCCAACUCUCAUAUAAUAUUAACGUGUCAAGGCCCAGUGCUUGUCAAAGUACGGACAAUUAAAACUUGCUGCUUUCACUGCAAGAACUUUUUUUUUUUGUACAAAUCUUUUUUUAAGUAUGAAAAUAAAAAUACAUUUUUUAAAAAGUAACAUUUCAUUAUCUUAGGGGAAACUGUAUUUAAGUUUGUUGCUUUUCUUUUUGGUGGUGUUCAAGACUUGAUCACAAUAUAUAUACAAUGGGGAAAUAAAUCUGUGAUUUUUUUUUUUCUUUGUUCUUGUUCUUUUUUCAUCUUGGCUCUUCACAGCUCUUCAGGUCAAAAACUUGCAUUGGGGAAAGGAUUAAGAUUAUAUAUAAAAUAUAUAAUAGAGAAAAUUAAAUAUAGGAAAAUGCACAUCAUGUCAGUUCCUAUGCUAAAACACAUUUAUGGUCUACUUUCUUCUGUAUUUCUAGAAUGGUAUUUGAAUUAAAUGUUCACCUAGUGUAGGUACUACAGUAUUUAUAUUGAGGCUUGUAUUUUUAACUGUUGCUUGUUCUCUCAAAAGGUAUUAUUGUACCUUUUUUGGUAGUGGAAAAAAACACAGCUGCCACGGUAUAUUUUUUUAAUUUGGCAGGAUAAUAUAGUGCGAAUUAUUUGUAUGUUUAAAAAAAGAAAAUGAAAAAAAAUCACAUUUAAAAAUGAAUAUGAAAAUAUGUGGCAUUGUACAAAGGAGGCCAUUCAAUGGUUUCUUCGAGGAGGCUUUUGAGAAUGUCCACACUAGCUAAAACAGGUGGUUGUACAUAUCUUUUGUUCUUCUUUUUUUUUUUUUUAUCUCCUCUGCUGCCAUUCUGUAUGCAGUACAGCAAGCUAAUGUUGGGUUGUUCUGUUGUGUGCUUCUCUGUCUGUUCACCUGUCUCACCUGAAUACAUUCCAACAUCUUAAAAAAGUUCUUCAAAAAAAUGCAGUAAAAUACCAGUAAAUAAACAAACAGAAAUCAUUCAAAUAAAUGAAUUAAAAUAAUGUUUUGCAGGUGUUUUUUUUUCAUUGCCAAAUAUUAAAUGGUGCUUUAUAUUUAGAUUGGGACAAAUUUAAUAUGCAAAGCAUAUUUAAAAAUAAAAUGGAACUAAAGGAGCAGCCCACUUAAGUUCAUACUCUUUUGUAAAUGACAAUGCGGAAUAUUUUGUUAUCAGCCUUUUCUAUUCCUGUUAUGAGAGCUGUUUGUUGUAACUUGAACUUGAACUUUAUCUUUUUCAAUGGGAGUCACUAUUUAUUAUUGCUUAAAUACUCUGUUCAAAACAGAGACAUAGAACGAAUCCUUUUUUUUUUUUUUUGUCCAUUUGUUUUCUUUUUUUUCUUUCUUUUUUAAAGAAAAGAAUGACCAAAGGUCAUUGAUAUUUUGUUGUUGUUGUUGUUUCUGGUCUUAUGUUAAGUUUUGUUGGAGAAACCUCUGUCUGUGUUUUCUGGCAGUUGUCUACAUUAUUCUGUUCACCAAACCAAUUUUGUCCCUUUAUUGAAAACAAUUAAUAAAAAAAUUAAAGUAUACGUUUGUGUGUGGCGGCAACGAUUUCUGUCUGCAUUUUUUUUUUUUAUCU